CUAAUUCUCAAAGCUUAAAAGCAAGUAUUCAAGAAAUUAUUAUGAAAAACAAGCAUCAAUAUACAACAAAAUUUGUUAAUAUGGCUACAAAAGUAUCACAAAUUGGUCAAAUGUCAUUUCGAAAUACUGCUCAAGCUAUACAACUGGUCUUUGGUUUUUUAACUGGAGAAGACUCAUUGAAAAUUUCAUCUCGAUCUAUUAUUCGAUGGAAUAAGGAAAUUAGUGAAAUUCAUGUAAAUCAAAUCUUUAAUCAAGAUAUUCUUUCAGAAUUUUUUACAUUUGGAAUAAUGCUAGAUGAGUCAACACGAGGUCAACAUAAAAUAUUUGUACUAUGUGUUAUAUUCUGGAACUCAAGAAUUAAUAAACCAGACUUUCAAGUAUUGGAGAUGAGAGAUUUAGCGACUUGUACAGGAAAAUCCAUUGCUCAAGCAAUAUAUGAUAUUUUUGAUCAUUUUAAAAUAAAUCCACAACA